AUGGAAUUUAAAUUAGUAUUGUUUCUAUUUUAUACACUAUACUUAUUGAAUGGAAAAAUCAAUGCAUAUAAGGAGUCGUCCGGUUAUGUAACGGUACGACCGGAUGCUCAUAUGUUUUGGUGGUUGUUUCAAACAGAUUCAAAUAAUAAUAUCACUUCCAAUUUACCACUUGUUAUAUGGCUUCAGGGAGGUCCUGGCGGUAGUUCCACCGGAUUUGGUAAUUUCGGUGAGAUUGGUCCACAAGAUGUUAAUCUAAAUAAUAGGUCGACUUCAUGGAUCAAAUAUGCAAACCUAUUGUUUAUUGAUAACCCCGUGGGUACGGGUUAUAGUUAUGUCACUAMUAAUGAUAGUCUAACCAAAAAUAACAAAGAAAUAGCUGUCGAUUUGGUUACUCUAAUGAAAGAAUUCUACAAAAAGUUUMCCAAUUUUGAGUCGACUCCAUUAUAUAUAUUCAGUGAGUCAUACGGCGGCAAAAUGACUGUCGGUUUUGCCAAAGAGCUGCAUCAGGCCAUCAAAAACAAUGAGAUUAAGUGUAACUUCAAGGGCGUAGCACUGGGAGACUCGUGGAUAUCAUCCACUGAUUCAGUCGAUUCGUGGGGCGAUUAUCUCUACUCAUUGUCAUACAUCGAUGGUAAUGAAAAAAGUCAAAUUGAUUUGAUCGCUCAGAAAAUCAGAACCGCCGUGGAGUCGGGUGACGGCAAUCGUGCUUAUGAGCUCUGGUAUGAUAUAACUGAUUUGAUAACUAAGGUUACCGGAGGUAUUGACUGGUAUAACGUAUUGCUCAAUACGGAUACUGUAUCGCAAACGGCAGUCUCGAACAAUCUGUACAAAAGUCUGGCCAAUGUUGACAACCCGGCACUCAAGUCGGCUAUUGUUCAACAAUUAGGUGUUUACGAUGACGAAGAUCUAAACCAACUAAUGAAUGGUCCGAUUAAGAAGAAACUUAAUAUACCAUCAAAUGUGACCUGGGCUAAAUUAUCAUCACUAGUAUUUGAACAUUUGAGCGGCGAUUUUAUGCUACCCGUUGUCGAUGACGUAGAAUAUCUGCUGAACAAUACCGACCUUAAAGUAGUGGUAUAUACCGGUCAACUGGAUCUGGUUGUCGAUACCAUUGGAACCUUAAAAUGGAUGCAUUCACUAAAAUGGUCGGGAAAUCGUGAGUUCGAAACCAGUCCACGCCAUCAGUUUGGAGGCAUUCAUUCCGGUUAUUAUAAGACAUAUAAAAAUUUGUCGCUCUAUUGGUUUAUCAAAGCCGGACAUAUGAUACCCGCUGAUGCCGGACAUACGGCACUACAAAUGCUUCAAAAAGUUAUUAAUAAUUAA